CUCCCUCUCACGCUCUUCCUCUUUAUCUCUCACCCUGUCCCUAUUUCACUUUUUGUCCUUGCAGUGUCUUUUUAAGCAUGGUGUUUUCACAGCGGGGCCUGAGUCACUUUCCUUCCACGUUUGUUUUACUGGACAUUUGGAUAUUUUUGUCUUUCUUUUCUUUCUUUUUUUCAAACGUGGUGCUCACCAGCCACAUUAGACAUGUGGUCAAUAAACUUACUUUGCUUGUAUCACAUCACAUGAGCUCAGCAUGUUUACCAGACAAAGAAAAGGAAAAACUGACUUGUACUUUUAACACGGACCAUUAUUUUUGAAGUCAACCUUGUUGCUGUUUCUGCUUUCUCGCUUCAUUUUCUCCUCUAGUUUUCCCCAGAGGGCACUCAAUCAGACUAGACGCCAUAUGCACGCCUUCCCUGGUUCGACCCACUUUCGACUGGACAAAGUGCUCUGCCGCCUCUGUCAGCAUAGACUGUGUUUAUCUCCGAAGUUCACCUCCUAACAAAGUAGUCUACACUUAAUUUAAAUAAUAACCGUCCAGCACACUCGGGUGAACAUGUAGAGAUGGAUUUUAUGAAGCUAUUUGGCACCGUUAUCGCCGUUUUGUUCCACCCUGGAUCCGUCUCUAAGAUAAAUGGCCAGAGGAUCUGUCGGCGUGGGACAGAGCGGCCAUGCUACAAGGUGUCCUACAUCCAGGACAGCAGGCGGAGGCUGACCUUUGAGGAUGCCAGGCAGGCUUGCAGGUUGGAUGGAGGCGAGUUGCUCAGCAUUGAAACAGAAAGCGAGCAGCGACUGAUUGAGAGGUUCAUACAAGAGCUGCGGGCUGGAGAUGGGGACUUCUGGAUCGGGCUCCGCCGUAACCCACAGCGCUACAAGGCAGGGACCGCAAGCCCGGGUUGCCCCUCACAGUACUAUUGGCUGGAUGGAAGCAAGGCCAAGUUCAGGAACUGGCACUGGGAUGAGCCGUCGUGUGGUGGCGACAUGUGUGUGGUCCUGUACCACCAGCCGUCUGCACCACCUGACGAAGAAGGUCAUUUCCUGUUCCAGUGGAAUGACGAUAACUGCAACUCCAAGAACAAUUUUGUCUGCAAGUACCCGGAAGAAAAAGUACCAGUAUUUACUGAUGAAGGGAACACGGCACAUGCAGUCCCAUCUCUGAAGCCAAACUUACUCUCAACCACAGAAAUUGACGAGAGGAUAAAAAUAGCACUACCUGAGUCAUCAGUGUCUCUCUCAGACAACACUCUGUAUAUUUCCUACAUCCUCUAUGCAACUAUUCCUGCUCUCCUGCUGCUGCUGUUUGCAGCUGCUGGGUUCAUCUGCUACAAACAGCAUGCUAAGAGGAGGAAGACAGAAACAGAAAGCUACCCCAACAGAUCAAAACCAUGGAUGCCAACAGCAGCUUCACCAUGCCCCAUACAAGGACCUUACGCCUUUAGUGACAUUACCAAACUGCCUUACCCUGUUCCUGACAGCAGUGUACCAGUAAACAUCAUGACAAAGUACUCCUGCACUCCCUACCAGGACUCCCACUGUGAUGAUUAUGAGAAUGUGUCUUGCACGGACAGGGAGAGCGGUUUUGUGACCAAUGACAUCUAUGAGACCUGCAGAGCUCAAAGCCGGCGCUGCCGCAGUCAGACUGGUUGGGUGGAAAACGAGAUUUAUGGAUAAAGCUGCUGAUGCCUAUCUGGUCUCUGCAAGUGUCUGUAAACCUCACAGCAGCUCUGAAUAUGCCCCAGCUAGACAGAAGAACACAAUGUUCUCCAUCCCUUUUCUUCCUUUGCACCCUACUGGUUACUUGGGUGGUGUAGGAUUACUAAAUAGAUGGCUGUCAGCCUGGUUAUUUGAACAUAGGUCUGUCUCCUGUGUGUAUUACCAGUGCUGCUUCCUGAGCAUCCAGCCUUCAAAGUCACAAGUCAGAUUAAUGGUUAAUGCAGGGUUUCCCAAAGUUUGGUCAACUGCGACUCCAUAUUUAGGCUCCAAACUUCCCAGAACCCCACUAACAGAGAGUUCUCAAAUUGUCAAACAAAUUGGGAAUCUGACCAUGGCUUUGGAUUCAAGAGUAAUAGAUAUGUAGGUAGUGCUUUGAGCUAAAUGUGUUGACAUGCUCACAAAGGCCAAUGACAACCUGCUGAUAUUUAGAGGGGAUGAUGUUUACGGUGUUGGCAUGCUAACAUUUGCUAAUUAGCACUAGAAAUGGAAAUGUCAUGGAAAUAGUUUUGCAGGUAUUUGGUCAUAGACCAGUGUAUUAAAUAGAGGAAAAUUAGUGGAUCACAAAAAUCAUUAUAAUCCUGGUGGGGAAGUGAAUAUGUGUCCAAAAUUUUGUGGCAGUCCAUCCUAUAUUUGCUGAGACACUUAUGGCAGUGCUAUGUUACUGACAUACAUCGUCUAGACACCAUGAAUGUCUGUAAAAUUUUAUACUAAUCCAUUGAUAAUUGUUGAAAUAUUUCACAGGCUAAGUGAAAAGUUUGACCUGUUUGAGGCCAUAGAGGAAAAGUGAGAGGACUGCCAUAGUAAUUAGGAUUCAUCCUCGAGGAGCCAUGGCUAGCUGUACAAGUUUUCAUGCCAAUCCAUCUAAUAGUUGUUGAAGUAAUAUCAUUCUGGACCAAACUGAUGGACAGACCGAAAAUGUUAAUAUAUUUCAAGUUUAUUUAAUAUAUUUUAUGAUUAAAAAUACAUCAAACAAAUAUCAGUCAGAGUCGGAAAUCUUGGCAGUGUAAAGAAAAUGACCAAUUAUGUAACAACAGGAUAGAGGCAAAAAGGCAUUUAAUGAACUCAAAUAAGCAUUAAUGAGUCAGGUCAGUUUGGUGGUGCAGUACUGCUGAUAUAUUUGGCACGAUAGAUUACACAUCUAACCCUGGGAAUAAGUGCAAGUUGUGAGGACUCAUGCAAGGUUACUCAUCUUGUAAACAAUCCAAAAUUAAACUACUCAACUGUUUUUCCAGUAAUCGUCACCAGAUAUUAUGAGACACAAGGACAAGAAGAUUUAGUUGUUUCUCUACAGCUCUGGAGUUGUCCUGUUCAGGGACUAUUCUGACCUUUUCUCGAAACCUGAAGAGUGGUGUCAGCCCUGUGCAAGGCUUCCUGUUUGGACUCUGAUGUCAGGGAACAGGACAGUACAUGCGGAAACAAUGAUGACAGAACUCUGCUGACCCCAGUAAACCUCAAAGCCUUGGGCUUUCCCGACUCCACUUGACUGCGGGAAACUCAACCCUCCCACUGAUCUGACAAUACAGACAAUACAGUUUUGAACAUGUCAUGAAUUUAUUCAUCAGUGUUUGCUUGUAAAAGCAUAUGCCUGUCUUAUAAAUGUGUAAAAAAUAAAUAAAUAAAAAUCAUGUUUUUUUCUGAGUAUGUACCGAGUGGGCUGUUGGGUCGGUGUCUUGGAAAGAUGUAGUGAGCCCAGUAAGGAGAGGCUGAGUGUGUUCUUGGAGAAUGUUAGACAGGAAAUGCCAAAAGCACAUCUGGAACUCUUACAUUCAGGAAGUCUAUGCGUGACAGUGGAGGCCUUCGGAACGCUGCUCUGCCUGCCUGCUUAACAAUCCACUGUUCUCUGUUAGACUGUCACCGUUGGGGCUUAAGAAAACAGCCGCUGGGUGUGAAUGUGUGCUGUAUCUCAAACAUGACAUGACUUUUUGGUUGUCUAAUAAAGUUUGGUGACAGGA